AUGCGGGGCGAGAAAGUCACCCGCAGACCGGAACGAGUGGUCACACUUUCUGGGGCUGAGAUGAAGACUUCGGAGAAAAAGCUCCGGCUUACGUUCCGCGUCCUGCGGAUCGUGAGCGGUACGCUGAUGCUGUCCGGUCUGCUGUACCAGGCCACCGGCACGCUGGUCUCGUUCCUCCGGCGGCCGACCGUCGUGGACGUGCUCAUCGAGAGCACGCAGACCCUGCGCUUUCCCGGAAUCUCCGUUUGCGUCACCAACUGGAUCAAGAAGGAUAAGUUGUGCCAGCGGUACCCAAAGUUCUGCAACCUCACUGACGACAAGAUCCCGGAGCUGCGCAGGGUCCUCGACCAAGACGGAAACCUGGGCGAGAUCGCGCUCGACGCCACCGACGUCAUCCAGACGACCAUCGAGGACCCCACGCUCUACUAUUACAAGUUCAUCCUGGAGGACAAGCAGAUCGUGCAGUCCUUCUCUCGCUUGCCCAAGUACAUGUGCUACACGCUCAACUGGAAAGGCAACCAGGAGAUGUCCGCCUACCACGAGUACCCACCACUCUUCGACUUCAGCAUGUUCAUCACGUGGAAGAUAAGCCGGCUGGUGUCUCUGGACCGGUACGUGGCCGACGUGGGAUUCCACCACGUGGACAGCCUGGACGCUGGCGCCAAGCACACCGUCAUUCUCGAACCGAACGGAAAUUAUGAGUACAGCAUCGAACAGAAAGGCAGCAUAGCUCUUCCAGCGCCGUACGACACCAACUGCGUGGAUUACAAGAUGUUGGGCAAGCAUCGCUUUUAUCCGGCUUACAUGACUCAAACGCUCUGCAUGGAAGAGUGCCGUAUGAACAUCACGUUCCUAAACUGCGGCUGCAUCAUGAAGACGUACCCUUUCCGCAACAAGCUCGACGAAGUCAUGUGCGACGACGUACAGACCGCUGAUUGUGUUCUCAAAAGGAGCAAAGCCAUCUACGACCGUGUCUGCCGAGAAGCGUGCAGGAAUCCGUGCGAGUAA